AUGGCGCAGGUAAGACGUCCACGCCGUUACCGAUCUCCACCACCACAAAAAAUUCCUUCAUUAUCACGUCCUAUUCGUAUUCAACUGCCGACAAGAAACAAUAAGAGGCCAACUACUCAGACAACGGGUCCAUUCGUUGAAAAUAAUGUUUCACAUAACCAACAACAUAAUCCCAGCAAUGGUCUUAUGACAAGUAGUAACAAUUUCGAUCAAUCAUUUCUUAGUAUAAAUUCAUCAUCAAAUCAAAUUCAAACUCAUGACAAACAACCAUUAUCAUCUGAAAAUAAUCCUCCUAUGCAAAAUAAUAAUAAUACUGUAUCAGAAGAAUCCAUGAUUCUUCUAACAAUGAAUGAUAAUAUUGAUGGAUUUCUUGAUAAAAAACAUUUGCCUGCUUUUGCAAGGUUUCCAUUACAUGUUCCAUUACUACCACAACGAAUGGAGACUAAUGUUGAAGAUAAUAUUCAUAAGCUUCGUCUUCGUCUAAUUGAUUCUGAACUUAAUCAUCAACGCCGUAGUACGGAUGAUUACAUAAAUCGAACACAAAAAACAUUUUCUCUUUCAUCUCCGACAUCAACGGACUAUUAUGUAAAUAAUGUACGACCACCAUCUAUAUUAGUUCAUCAACAAGUUUUACCCAAAAUUUUGAGUAGACAAACAUCCUUAUCAAUAUUAUCUGUUGCAACUUCAUCAUCGUCGAGUCGUUUAUCUCGAGGUAAUCGAAUAGGUAUUGAAAAUGAUGUUCAAAAUAAUUCUAAUAUUGAACGAGACUUAGAAAUACUUCGAAUAGAAAACUCAUUAAAUAAGCCCCAUCGAUCAAAUCAACCAUUGACGAUAUCCAAUUAUUCUUACGAUCCUCGUUUACAUUUACAAACUCUACAAGAAAAACAAUUGUAUUCAUCAUCUAAUAUGGAUGAUUUAAUUGAUUCAAUGGCAAGACGUCAUUUAGCUUAUCGUCGACUUGAUGCAGCUAUUGACCGACAACGACGUACUAAUGGAUACCAUGGUCCAUAUAUUGAACCAUUGAAUACUACUGGUCGAACAUCACAUCGAAGUCCACAACGAAAUGACCAUUUAUUACAUACCAAUAGAACAGUUACAAAUCAAAAUGAACAUGAUAUUAGUCGAAUAAAUCCAAAUACUUUUAGUCAAAGACUUCGAUCACGAAUCGAUUAUUAUAAUAGAAUUCAACCUGAUCCGGAUAGUUUAGUUAUUGAUGAUCCAAUUCAUACAAGUUCCUAUACAAAAUUACCACCGAUUUCACCAGGAUAUGAUUCAAAUCAUUUUAAUCAUUUAACAACUCCAUUAACACCAAGUUUUUAUGGAACUAAACAUGAUUCUCAUAUUCAUCAGCAUCAUCAACGAACAAUCCCAUUAGGUUUAUCCGAUCAAUCGGAACAUUUAAUUGAAUUACCAAGUGAUAUUUUUCUUACAUCAAGAACAGACGCACUGAAUUCUUCAUCACAACAUAAUCUACAAACUCAUAAAAUUCAAUCAAGAUCAAUUUCAAAAGAUAAUCGAUCGAAUGUUGAAAAUGAAAUGCCUUCAGCUAGUCGUCAACGUAGUCGUUACAGAAAGAAUUCACAAAAUGAUCAUCAUGAUUUUUUAGUGGAAUCAAUUAUUCACGAAAAAAAGAAACCAAAAUAUCAUAGAAAUUUAUUUAAAAAAACUGCUAUUGGAAUUUUAUUCACAAUAAAUCUUAAAAAUCGAGCUAUCAAAAAACGUUCACAUCGUCUACAUCAAUCACCAAGUGCUUUAAUACAUAAAAUUCGUCUUCAAGAAAUCAUUGUUGCUUUACAUCGAGUUUAUCUUGAACCUGAUAGUACAAUACAUAAUGCACUUAUUCAUGCAAUAAAUAAUUCAAUUUCAUUACAAAAUGGAUUAAAUAGAUCAUCGAAAAAUUGUUCAGAAGCAAUUCAAAUUAUUCGAAAUACUUUACAAAUUGUUAUUUCAAAAAUAACAGAGUUGAUGCCUAAAGAUGGUGUUCUUGGUACAGAAAAAAAUUCAGCUGUAUCAGCUCUUAUUCAAAAUGGAAAUCCAUUCCCAGAAAAUUAUUUUUGGCAGUGUGAACGAGAACUUCUUGAAUUUGAUCAUUUAAAAGUUAUAAAUAUAACUAACCAACAAGCAAAACUUUUACUUAUUGGUAUUUUUAUAUUUCGAGCACUUAUUACAACAUUACUAUUGAAACCAGUUAAAUAUAGAUUAAUUCUUGGUCAUUUAACAUCACAUCAAUCAGCUAAUCUUAAGGUAUUAGCAUCUGUUAUGCUUUAUAUUGGUAGACGAGCAGUAGGAUCGAAGUCCCAUAUACUUCCUUUACCACAUGAAUGGCAUCUUUCAUUAUAUACUGAUUUAGAUAUUGAAGCAAUUAUUCAACAUUCUGAAAUAAAUUCGACUAUUAAUACAUGUGAACAAUCAUUACGUAUGUGGUGUGAAGAAUACAUUCGUCGUAUUGAUGCAAAUUUUGGCAAAGAAUUACGAAUAUAA